AUGGGCGUGGCACCGACGGCACGCAGGCGCCUUCGCCACAGCUCUGUUGACGAGAGUGUGGUCCUUGCAACGCCAACGACCCCCAUCGGCUGGUGGAUGACGCUGCGCCAACAGACAGUUGCUGCAGAUGCCACUCGCCAAGUCAGCAGCGAGUAUGUCACGCGACUCCCCCGGUUGCAGCAAUCACUUUGCGAGCGGUUUUCGCUCAUCUGCCUCGACCCCAGCACAAGUGGCGACGCCAGCGGUACUGAAGGCAGCAACGACCACGAAGGCGGCUUGAGAGACCGCGUCAAGGGGCUUGGUCUGAAGGAAAUGACGGACUUUGCCCUCGCUGCGCCCUUCCUGCUGACUUCAAAGUGGUCUGCCUUCACAGAGAUGGUGCUGAAGCUGGGGAUCGUCAAGGACGGGUUCCUCAAGCGAUGUGCUUGUCUUUUCCAAGAACUUGCCCCCUUCUUCCCCAUGCGCAUUUCAGACGUAGCAACAGAAGCAGCACCCAAGCGACGGCAUAGUAUCCCCCCUUUCUCACUAGUGGCCCAGCGUCGAACGACCAGCGGACAGUUGGCCAAACGGGAGAGGCAGCAAGCAAUGCACAAAGCAGCAGAGACUCCGCCAGUUCCCCCGCCGAGGGAAUACUCUCGAAUAACAGCAAUGGCCGCAGACGCAGCAGUAGCAACAGCCGCCGCAGCAGCAGCCGAAGGGACUGCUGACGGCAUCGAUAUGAGGCUCGUUAGGCGCAAGUGGACGGAACUGCAGGAGCUGGCAGAGGAAGAACGUCAGCUUGCCGUUACGUAUCUGGCCCUCGCAGCCGAGCAGAAUCUAUUUAGUUCGGUUCCCGACGACUCUCUGUGGGAGGCGCUGCUGCAGCAGGUGGUCCUUAAGGCAACAGCAGCAGUGGCUGCAGCAAGGAGCGGGUUGACAGCAACGUAUCCAGACCUCCACCACGAAGGAACCGAUGGAUACCAAACAGCCUUCUCUACACUUGCUGCUGCGGACGAACGCAUUCGGCUUCUGUUGGCGCAGCAGCAAGACAUAUACGCAGGCAGUCAGCCAGUCUUGUUUUUUGUAAGAGGUAUCCUCCUCUCUAUCUGCGAGCCGGGAGAGUGCAACGGUGCCCGUUAA